AUGCAGCAGCUAUCAUUAUUCUCUUCGUCUACUUCAUCAGUUAUUCAUCCCUUACGGCUCAAUUUGCUAAUCGCCUUAGUGUUAAUAGCCGGUUGCUGUUGUACGCACCAUCGGAAACACAGUCGAUAUUAUCCGCGAAGAUAUGAGCUGACGUUAUCCGUUAGGAAUCACAACGUUACGGACGCUAAAUUCUUUCGUCUUGUUGGCGUUGGUCAUACUGCAGAUUUUUAUGUGGCACCUGGUGAUGUGUUCACAAAGACUUAUCAGGUGCGCCGAAAAGGCUACUGGACACUGUUCGUAGAGUUUCCAGGUGAUCGCUAUUCAAAAUCGCCACGAAAAGUGAUUUCUCGAGAUUCGUACAGUCAUUGGGUACGUUAA